UCAAGUUUUUUUUUCCUUUUCUUUCUUUUUCUUCUUGUUGUUUAAAGAAGUACAUAUUAUCUAUUUUCUUUACUACAUAUCUAUAAGAAAAAAGAAAAAAGUCAAGUAUAUAUACUGGUUAUAUACAAACAUAUCUUCUUCUCCACCAGCAUGCAAAGUGCUGAUAUUAGGCUAGUGUAUGUUGCACCUUCAAAACCAUUAUUGGGAUUCGAAAACGAUACACUGCAGUAUAAUAAGCAAGAAAGAGAUACUUCAUAUGACGUAGACAUGGAAUCGACCGGUGAGCUUAAUCUCAACGCUCUUGACAACCUCACACUCUCACCCAACCUCGAUCAAGUUUACGAUGAAGACGAUGAGGAUUAUGAGUCAUUUGUGUCUCAAAAGCAAGAUGAAGUACAGCUUCCCUCUGCCACUGCGGAUGCCAUGGAAACAUAUACAAACAUCACAGAAAACAUCUAUUGUGGAUCAGCCACGGGUAAAUCAAUUGCAGAAGAAAGUAUGCCUUGUGAAUGUAAAUACAGACCAGACAUUGAUAACCCAGAUGCUGCUUGUGGCGAUGAUAACUACUGUAUCAAUCGAAUGAUGUUUAUGGAAUGCAUGGUAGACGAUUGUCCCUGUGAUCGGUAUUGUCGUAACCGACGUUUCCAGCUCAAACAGUAUGCCCGUGUAGAUGUGAUUCGUACAGAAAAGAAAGGGUUUGGAUUGAGAGCUUUGACUGAUUUACCUGCCAAUGCGUUUAUUAUGGAAUAUAUUGGUGAAGUCAUUCCAAACCAUGAAUUUAUACGCAGAACCAAGGAAUACGAAGCAGCUGGAUUACAACAUUAUUACUUUAUGACACUCAAGACAGACGAAAUUAUUGAUGCUACAAAAAAAGGGUGCUUGGCUCGAUUUAUAAACCAUUCAUGUAAUCCAAAUUGUGUUACUCAGAAGUGGGUCGUGGGCAAAAAUAUGCGUAUUGGUAUAUUUACCAAAAGACCUAUUCAAGCAGGCUCAGAAUUGACAUUUGAUUAUAAAUUUGAACGGUAUGGUGCUGUGGCUCAACCUUGUUAUUGUGGUGAACCUAGUUGUAAGGGCUACAUUGGUGGUACUCUUAAGAGUACAGCAAAACCCUCUACACAGACAGCAAGUGAAGACGAGGAACAAGACACACAAAAGGAAGACUCAGAUACAGCAGCAGUAACACUCACGCAGAAAAAAAUGCUUCGUAAAAUACACCAACGUCGAGCUUCUGAACCAUUACAAGACCCUCGUGAAGUACAGUCAUUUGUGAAGCGUAUGUUGGACUCUGUUGGCAAAUCACAUUUUGUGCUUCAAUUGUUACAGCGACUUGAAUUGACAGAUGCAAAUACACCUGAAGGCAAAGAGAUCCUUAAGAAAUUCGUGCGUCUUCAUGGCUUAAAGAUGCUCAAGUUUUGGCUAGGCGAAUGGAAGAAUGAUAAUGUGAUUUUACUGAAAGUAUUGCAGGUCUUGUCUCAAUUGCCUUUAGCCAACAGAAAUGGAUUGGAGGACUGUAACCUAUUGGAACUUGUGGACAGACUAACUCAUCAUGAAAACCAGGACAUUCAACACCAUGCUACCCAACUCUUAAAAGAUUGGAGUCAACUCAAGAGUGUCUAUCGUAUUCCUAAGCGUAUCCCUACUGAAUCUACACCAAGCCAUCACAAGCAUGAUCAUGGUAACCAUGAAACCAGUUCCCAAGCAUCUGCUGAGAUGAUGCCUCGCUAUGAAUCCAGCCGAGAAUUCUUUGAUCCAGACGAUGAUUACUUUGAAUACUUGUCGCUUGAUGUGACUGCCACUGAAAUCCAAUGGAAAACAGAAUAUCCUCCUUGUUCUACCAUCCCUACAGCACCCCGAGCCAUGAUGGAUGCCUGCCUCAAGAAUGGUUAUUAUGGCUAUCAUCGUCCUGCUGCUUUACGUCCAUCUUAUCGCAAUAGUCAUCAUGAAGAUACCCAUUCAGGUGCAGAUGAUGAUCGUUCGGUGUAUUCAUCACCUUAUCAUAAAACGACACCCAAACCAACAGAUACAUCUUCAGGGAAUGCUUCUCCUAAAUUGCCCAAUAACUGGAGAUAUGCUUAUGCAGAAGAUGGUACUAUAUACUACUAUAAUCGUCUUACGGGUAAGACACAGUGGCAAUUUCCAGAAGAGCGUGUGAGUUCGAUUGAAGGUGUCAACCAAUCUGAUCUAGAAGACUUGGUUGAGAAGGCAAUUCAAGAUACUGAAAACAAGAGAAAGAUGCGCAGUGAAAGCCCUGCUGUCUCUUUAAAUGAUAUGCAAUCACCCAACAAAGCAACACCUUCUAUCAGUAGACGGGAAUCUGCUGAACAAGCAUUAGAUGAAAAUGAACUCAAGAAGGAAAUAGGCAAAAUAGUGACCAAGUAUCUCAGUUCAAAGCAAAAGCAGUUAUGGAAUGGAGACAAGCAUUUGUUUAAAGAAUUAGCGAGAAAGAUGACACACCAUAUUGUGGACCGAGAAAUACAAUCUUCACGCAAAAUACAGGCUAUUAACAGCAACAUUCGUACCAAGAUUGAAAAGUUUAUUGAUACGCAUGGUGCGGAUAUUCUAGUUAAAGUGCAACGAAAACGAAAGCAGAGAUCGAUAUCAAAAGAAAAGCCUAUUGUUGAAGAGAACAAGCAGUCUUCCUUUAUAGCAGACGAACUACCUUCUUCUCCAAAAAAGCCACGAAUAGAAUCUGAAGAGGAUCAUCAAUCCACUUCUCCUUCUUCUUUACCACCUCCUCCUACGGAUACAAAUAAGCAGAAAGACGAUUCAUAUUAUGCACGCACUACGAACAAUAUGGACAGUCGACCUACCUCACCUUAUCGUGAAUACAACAGUCGGCCUAAUUACAAUCGAUCACAUCACUAUACAAACAAUGGUUAUUACCGGUAUCCACAUCAUCACUUUCAUCACCGUCAUCAUCACCGUCAUCGUCCGCCUUCACCUUAUUAUCGCAGUAGUAAUCGUUAUAGCAGUAACAGUCGAAGAUCACCACCACCACCACCAUCACUCUUGCACUAUUAUCAUAGUAGGAGUUCUUCAAGAAGAGGAUCAUUGUCUGAUGAUGACAUAGACAGAAGAAGAUGGGGCUAAUUUAUGUAAUUUGUAUAUCAUUCUUUCUUUCAUACAUUGUAAAUAUCCAGAAAAAAAAAAAGUAAUCAUUGUUUCCAAAAUAAAUCCUUUGUUGGAAUGUACUAUUUAAUUCUGUCAUUUUAUUAGAAGAAUAGGCUAUAUAGCUCAUUGCGAUGUUAAAUUACGUACCUUUCAGUUAAACAUAGACUAUUUUCUACUGCGCACUCAUUGUUAUUAUUUUAGUCUAAACUAAAGAAACCAU